UCGUUGUAUCUCCCAGAUCACAUGAUUGAGGCGAGAGCGGAUGAUAUCCUGAAUGCGCAGGCCUCUCCACGAGUGUUUAUCACUCACUUACCCCCUUUCAUACUGUCAAAAUCUAAAAAACUUUUUGACGGAAAACACAAAAUCAUCUAUAUUAUUCGUAACCCUAAAGAUGUGGCAGUGUCUUACUACACGCAAACCUACAACUUCCGGUCUUUAUAUGGUUACGACGGCAAGUGGAGCGGCUUUUUGGAGCUUUUCUUAAACGGAAUGGUUGACUGCGGGAGUUGGUUUGAUCACGUGCUCAUGUGGGAAAAGUACAAAGAAGACCACCCUGAGAUUCCCAUCCACUUUGUGUAUUAUGAAGACCUUAAAGAGGAUCUUAUGGGAGAAAUCCGUAGACUAGGCAAUUUUCUUGACGAGAACAGAGACCAAAGUUUCUACGAACAGCUCUGUAAGCGAUCUGUGUUCCCAGCUAUGAAAAAGAACCACGAUAAUCAUGCCAAGAAAGAAUUAAAACAAUUAUACAGGAAUGGAGAUCUGACAAUGUUCCGUAAAGGAAUUAUCGGAGAUUGGAAGAAUGUGUUCACAGUUAGCCAGUUGGAGCGGUUAGACGCCAUGUUUGCUCACAAAAUGAAGGAUUCCAAAUUGAGCAUUCGAUUUGAGGCAAGCAAAAACCAAGGGAGAUAGC